CGGCCAGCCGCCGCCCGUGGGGAUAAAGAGGAGAGAGGAGGUCCUGAACCGAGGCAGACCUUGUCAUCUAGAAGAAACAAGAGGAAGCUUCCUGCAGAAUCUCAAAGUGGGCCAUCAUACCUGGGACCAGCACUGUCCAUUCAGAAACGCAACCGAGAGCACACACCUUGAAAGGCCCCAGGAUCCUGGAGGAUGGACUCCUAUGAGGAUCUUGGAGUAACAGCUUUUGAUGAGCUAUCAGAAAAGGAAUUCACCAUGAAAACUGUGGAAGCUCACCAUGAAAACCUUUGCUGGCAUCUUCCUAUUAACCACGAUGACUUUAAAAUACUUAAGAACCAUGAGAGUCGGUUGUUUGAAGUCCUCCAGAAUAAGUUUGGUUGUAUCUCGACCCUGGACUCUCCAGCCUUGAAAGGUCACAUGAAACCUCUACCCAUCUUCAGAAAAAUGCUGACUCCUUGGAUGGAGCUAUCAGUCUGGAAGGAUGACCUCACCAAACAUGUCGUUGAUGCUGUGGUCAAUGCAGCCAAUGGAUUCCUCUCCCAUGGAGCAGGCCUGGCCGGGGCCCUGGUGAAAGUUGGUGGCCCUGAAAUCCAAGAGGAGAGCCUAAAAAUUAUUGCCACGCACGGUCAAAUACCACCUGGUCAAAUAGGCAUCACCAAAGCAGGCAGGCUUCCUUGCAAGUUGAUCAUCCAUGCUGUUGGCCCUCAGUGGACGAUGACAGAUGGAGAAAAGUGUGUUCAUGUGCUGAGAAUGACCAUUCACAAUAUUCUACAGUUUGCCCUGAGCAAUCCAGACAUUGAAUCUGUCGCAAUUCCAGCCAUAAGUUCCGGGAUCUUCGGUUUUCCUCUGCGCUUGUGUACGCAUACCAUUCUCGAAACGAUCAGAGCAUUCUUCCACUCUACCCCAGUGGCCGGAAAUUUGAAACAAAUUCAUCUGGUGAGCAAUGAAGACCCUACUGUGGCUGCCUUUAAAGUUGCUUCGGAAAACAUCUUGGGCCCGAGUGAAUUAGAAUCGUCGAUGGUCGGUGCUAACAUGGCUAAGGUGGUUUCAGUCUUACAGGGAGGUAACGAGAAGAGGAGGGAGUACGGGCCCACAGCUGACUCUCCUGUCAUCAAUCUAAUGGGGUCCAACGAGGAAGAGAUGAGUGAGGCCAAAGAGUGGAUCCAGAAGAUACUGGCCCUCCAGAAGCACCACAUCAUUGAAAACAACCACAUCCUCUACUUUGGGAAAAAGGAAUUUGAUGUUCUGUCUCAGCUUCAGGAAGCUACAGGGGUCUCCAUCUCAGAGAGUAUCAAUCCAGGAAAGACACAGUUGGAGAUUAAAGGAGCCCGCCCUGACCUCAUAGAGGCAGUUAUGUGCAUUGAGACUAUGCUGUGCAGAGUUCAGGAGGAAAUGGCCAGGGAAAAUGAGCAACAUCUUCAGAGCUUGUUAAAACAAUGGACUGACAAGCAACCCCAAACCCUGGGGAAGAUGCAAGGAAAUACCAGUCCCAUAAAAUUUCGCGAACUGCUUUCUGCUCAAGAACUGCAGGAUAAAAAGAAGCAGUUGGAAAAAGGGGGCUUUCAGGUUAUAAAGGUGGAGAAGAUAAACAAUGAGGCUCUGAAGGCCGUCUUCCAAGCGAAAAAGAAAAUGAUGGAAGGGAGAGCGUCCCUUAGGGAGCCUGUGAGCCGCAGGCUGUUCCAACAGGUCCCUCGCCAGUUCUGCGACGUGAUCUGCAGGGUUGGCUUUCAUAGAAUGUACUCGGCGCCCUGUGACCCCAAAUAUGGAGCUGGCAUCUACUUCACCAAGAACCUCAGAACACUAGCAGACCAGAUCAAGAAAACCACUGCCACCGAUAAGCUGAUCUACGUGUUUGAGGCUGAGGUGCUUACAGGGUCCUUUUGCCAGGGUGGCCAGUUACAUAUCGUGCCUCCACCAUUGAGUCCUGGCGGCACAGAUGGCCACGACAGUGUGGUUGACAAUGUUGCCAGCCCAGAAACAUUUGUUAUUUUUAAUGGCACACAAGCUGUGCCCCAAUAUCUGUGGAUUUGCACCCAGGAUCAAGGACAGUCACAGAAUUACUCUUUCGGGCAGAUGGUUCCCUCAUUCUCAAACUGGAUUCUUCCAAUAGGCAGCUCUGUCUUUUAACUUGCCGAUCAGCUUAACAACUGUCAUGGCUUAGCUUUGGGGAGACUAGUCAGAGGAUUAACCAACCACCAGUGAUUCAAUGGGUGGUUGGAAUUUGUAUAACUUUGUGUUAUCGGUACAGACUAAUUGGGUUGUUGAAGUCUCGCUACAUACUGGCAUCUUAGUGCCUUCAUCAUUGGAGUGGGUAGGUACCAACUAAAGCACUCUCAAGACCAUUUUUUUAUACAGGUAAGAGAUAGAUAGAUGAUAGAUAGACAGAUAGAUAUAAGACAUAUAUGAGCAAUAUA